AGUGUUCUUCCUUCUCUUUUUCUUGACCCUUGCUGUUUCUUUCUUCCUUUCCUUGGCUGAGUGACAAGCAGAGCUGGGAAAGCUAGUAGGGUAUCAAAAACACACAUACACAAAGCUUCACCCGUGUUUUUGCGUGAACUCGGCGCUGUUUACUACAAGCUCGCCGGAGGCGCCUAACAGCGAAGCCGAGCGCUGAUCUGGGUGACUAAUGAGACAUCAGAUGAAGUGAGGAGACCAAAGAAAAUAUUUCCUGACAUCUUCAAGUCCUAACCUGGAUACAGACUCAGAUCCUGAUUUGCCUCUGCUUCACCAGCCAGCUGUAUGGUUUUUGGAAAAUCUCUUCACUUCUUGGACCUCCAUUUUAUCAAUAAAAUGUGAAGUUUACCAAGGUGUCCUCUUAGGGUAUUCCUUCUUAAAUAUUCAUUGACAUAAAGCAGGUGUUCAAAAAUGCUUAUUACUUAUGUAAAGUAAUUGAUAAUACUAAAUUGUACACGUGAAAAACAUUGAAUUGCUAAAUGUUGUGUUAUAUAUAUCUUUAUAGCAAUUAAAGAAAACCUUUCGAAGGAAUAAAUAUUAGCUUGUUUUUUACAUGCAUGUUUGCCCAGAAUUAUGAGGGUCUCUCUGGCAUAAAUACAGUGAGAGGCCUGGCUGGGAAAACGGGAAAAGGGGCAUGCUGAAGUCCUCCCUCCUGUAAAUAUCCAACAUGUGGUGUCAUGAAGUUCAAGUCUGAGAACAUUAACAAGAUGCAUCUAAAGCUUUUUGAAGAGUGAUGACCAAACCUUGAUACUGAGAUUGUUUCAAAGUUUACAACUCUUACAGACAUCAAGAGAACUAGGAGGAGUUGAAGAGAGAUGUUCUCUGUACCCUGCUACUCAUACACAAAUGUGGCAAGAAAGCACAACAGACCGCGGAUCGACUGUGGAGACAUACAAUGUUGGCAAUUCUUAGUCUUGAUACAUCAUCAGAGGCAUAGCCUUUCCAAGACGGCUUAUCAGGCAUCUCUUUCUCCUUGUUCUGUAAACGUUCAGGUGCUCAACAGACAUUUUGCUGCUGCUACAAAGCCUGCAAAGAAAAAAAAAGGCCCCAAGGAAAAAGCAUCAGAUGAAAAAAAAAAUGAGAUAGAAAAAAUAAAGUCAUACCCCUGUAUGGAAGGCGAACCUGAAGAUGAUGUCUAUUUAAAACGCUUAUACCCAAGGCAGAUAUACGAGGUGGAGAAGGCUGUUCACCUUCUUAAGAAAUACCAAAUUCUAGACUUCACUUAUCCAAAGCAAGGUGUUUAUCUUGAUUUGACACUGGAUAUGUCACUGCAGAAGAAGAAAAAAGUGGAGCCAUUUGCCAGUGUUCUUAAUCUUCCGUACCCAUUCACUUCAGAAAUCAAUAAAGUUGCUGUGUUCACAGGGAAUGCGUCAGAGACUAAAAUAGCAGAAGAAAACGGAGCUGCGUUUGCAGGAGGAACUAAUCUGAUUGAGAAGAUUUUGGCUGAUGAAGUUCAUGCAGACUUUUAUGUAGCUGUUCCAGAAAUAAUGCCUGAGCUUAAUCCACUAAGGAAGAAACUAAAAAAAAGAUUUCCAAAGCUUAUUCGAAAAUCCAUUGGCCGUGACAUACCCAAAAUGCUUGAAUUAUUUAAAACUGGACAUGAAAUUGAGGUAGAUGAAGAAAGGGAGAACUUUCUCGAGACAAAAAUAGCAACACUCGAUAUGUCAAGUGACCAGAUAGCUGCCAAUCUGCAAGCCAUUAUCAAUGACGUCUGUAGGCACAGACCACUGAGUUUGGGACCCUUUGUGGUACGCGCUUUCCUUCGUAGUUCAACAAGUGAAGGUUUGUUACUAAAGAUCGAGCCAUUGUUGCCUAAAGAAGUGGAAACCAAAGAAAGUAAUAAAGAAACUGCCUAAAAGUACUGACUUUUGAAAUUAUUUUUAGUGAAUUGUGAAGCUGCAGAGAAAACUCCAAAACUGCAUAAUUUCUAAGUUUGGUGUUCUCUUGUUAUUUCUUGAUCGUCAUACUUGAAAGUGAAUUUUAACACUGAAAAAUCUUAUAUGACAAUUUCAAAUAUAAGAAAAUAAAAUUUUUUUCUGUGUCUGAA